AUGCCGUCCCCUUUCCAGGAACGACCCGUGCUGGACCGCCUGCUGGCCUCGCCGCUGGCCUUCUUCCUCCACCCGAUCCAUAUCCUCCUGCUGCGGCUACGCGGGCCUCCUCACCUCCCUCCACCACAGGGCCGGCCCAUCCGCGUCGUUUGCAUCUCCGACACGCACACGCGCGAGUGGCCUGACGUCCCGGACGGCGACCUGCUCAUCCACGCCGGCGAUCUCUGCAACGAUGGCAGCGUGCGCGAGAUCCAGGCCACCGUCGACUGGCUCAAGAGGCUGCCGCAUCCGCACAAGGUCGUGAUUGCGGGCAAUCAUGACAGCUACUUUGACGUGCGAUCGCGUCGGGAGGAGGAUCGCGACAAGUCGCUGGCGACCGUGUCUGCCUCGACCGCCUCCAUCAGCUCCAUCGACGACCCGGACAGCCACCGCAUCGACUGGGGAGAGAACAUCCACUACCUGCAGCACUCGUCCGUGACGUUAUCUUUCCCGGGGACCUCACCAGGGCAGCACGGCCGCACCCUCAACAUCUACGGUGCCCCUCAGAUUCCUGCCACGGUGCCUUUUGGUCCCGAACACGCCUUCACCUAUUCGCCGCACCACGAUGCCUGGACAGGCACGAUCCCCAUGGAGACGGACAUUCUGGUCACACACGCACCGCCGAAAGGCCACCUGGACCUGGGUCCUAGCUUCAGCAUUGGGUGCCCGUAUCUUCUAUCAGAAGUGUGGCGAGUACGGCCGAUCCUCCACGUCUUCGGACACGUGCACUGCGGAUACGGAUCGGAGCCAGUCUUCUGGGACGAGGCGCAGCGAGCGUGGGAGCGACUGUGCUCGCGAUCGCGGCAGACCCGCCUGGGCUUCCUGUACGAUGCGUUCAGCGUCCGGAGCUGGAUCGACGCCGUCAAAGUGGUCGUCUACGGGGUCAUCGGGGUCAUCUGGUCGCGGAUCUGGGGCGGCGAGAAUCGCGGAUGUGGCUGGGCCGUGAACGCGGCCUGCAUGUACAAAAAUUCGGGGCGGUUGGGGAAUCCUCCCCAGGUGUUUGUUUUGUAG